GACUACGAGUUGGCUGUAUAUGCCUAUACUUGCCUUCUUCUCCUCUCUGUAUUUCUGGUGUGCUAGCUAAAACAACAGAGCAUCCAUGGCGACGAGUGGGUUUGUUUUGUAUCUGUUAGCCGGUUUCUCCCUCGCUAUCUUAUCGGUUUUCAUGAUAUCCGGUCAUGAUACUUACAAAAGCAAUCACCAUAUUCACCGUCCGUCUCCGAAUUCAGUUGUUCUUCAAGCCGACGAGAAGACCUGGCCGGCUUUGGAGUUCGAUUGGAGAAUUGUGUUGGCUACGGUGAUAGGGUUCUUGGGUUCUGCUUUUGGGACGGUCGGCGGCGUUGGCGGUGGCGGCAUUUUUGUUCCGAUGCUUACUUUGGUUGUGGGUUUUGAUACCAAAUCUGCAGCUGCUCUUUCCAAGUGUAUGAUAAUGGGAGCAUCAGCAUCAUCAUUUUGGUACAAUUUAAGAGUACCACAUCCAUGCCGAGAAGUACCGAUUCUGGAUUACGAUUUAGCCCUCUUGUUUCAACCUAUGCUCAUGCUUGGAAUCACCCUUGGUGUUGCUCUUAGUGUUGUAUUUCCCUACUGGCUCAUCACUGUUCUCAUUAUCAUCCUCUUUUUAGGGACGUCUUCACGGUCUUUCUUUAGGGGCAUCGAGAUGUGGAAGGAUGAGACGAUACUGAAGAAAGAAAUGGCAAAGCCACGAGAAACGUUUGUUAAUUCUCGAGGGGAACUUCUAAUCGACACUUAUGAGCCUUUGCUUCCUAGAGAAGAGAAAACUCCAAUGCAAAUAUUUACAUUUAACUUACGCUGGAAUAAGCUUAUGCUCUUGGUUGUCGUAUGGGCUGCCUUUCUAGUUCUUCAGAUCAUCAAGAACGAUUUAGUAGUUUGCAGUACAUGGUAUUGGGUACUCACGGUUGCUCAGUUCCCAGCAACGCUAGCAGUUUUCGGGUACGAAUGUGUUAAGUUGUACAAAGAAAGCAAGAAGAGGAAGAGCUUGGGGAACACUGAAUCGGUGUGUGAAGCUUCCAUCGAAUGGACUGUUCCCCAUCUUGUAUUCUGUGCACUUUGUGGAAUCUUGGGCGGCACCGUUGGCGGCCUUUUGGGGUCCGGUGGUGGCUUCAUUCUUGGCCCUCUGUUACUUGAGAUCGGUGUCAUACCACAGGUGGCAAGCGCGACAGCGACGUUUGUGAUGAUGUUCUCGUCAUCCUUAUCCGUGGUGGAGUUCUAUCUACUCGACAGGUUCCCGAUCCCUUAUGCAUUAUACCUCAUGUCGGUAUCCAUUUUGGCCGGUUUCUGGGGACAGUUUAUCGUAAGAAGAAUUAUUACAUUUCUAAAGAGGGCUUCACUCAUCGUCUUCAUUCUUUCUGCUGUCAUCUUUGCCAGUGCUCUUACUAUGGGGGUUAUUGGAAUCGAGAGGAGCAUCAGAAUGAUCCACAACCAUGAAUUCAUGGGGUUCCUUGAGUUCUGUAGCAGUAAGUAAGCACUCAAAAGUGAUUAAUGGUAUUUAUGUACAGAAUUAUACAGCAGUGUUGAGGAGGUGCUUUAGGCCAAUGUGCGUUGGCCGAUCGACCGCCCGCAAACAAGCGUUGUUAUGAUUCAUAUUCAUUGUUACUGAGUCUCAUGUGGCUGUGGAAAUAGGGUUUUGGGGGUCGAUGUUAACCAGUCGGUUAACAACAGCGCCACCACCAUCGCCGCCAUGCCACCGCCACUGUGGUCUAGAUUUGUAGUGUGGAAUAAAGUUUCGGGUUGCGAAGGAGUGUUAGCUAGCGUUAACACGAAAAGCAACCUUCAAUUUGUUGGAUUAGUAUUUGCAUUGAAUUAUAUUUGAUUUAUUCUGC